UCAAGACCAAGACGAAAAUGUAUUGACAAUAUUAACUCCACCAACCUUUGAUCUACCAACAAAACCAAUUAAUCCAUAUAGCGACCCCAAGGCAACAUGGAGUCUUCAAAACGCUGUUGCCGUUAUUCUGAAUCGUUUUUUGGACAAAUCUUUUACGAUAUCAAGAUGGGCAUGUGGUUUAGAUCCGUUAUUGGGUACUUAUAUACAUCCAAAACUCGUUGGUUCUGCUCGUACAAAUAAUAUUCGUCAACAAUUAACACGUCGUGAAAAUCUGGUUGCUUAUGCUCGUAAAGAUUGUCAAUCAACCACAAAAUUAGUACAAUAUAUGAGAGAUCAUCAACCAAUUCUGGCUUCAUCAUCAAGAAUUGUUACAAUAACACCACGUACUCCUCCUCCUUCAACAUUAGCUGUUAUAUCUAAUGUCCUUGGAUUCGAUUAUGAAGGCAUUUCUGAUGAUGAAAUUCCUAGCGCACAAUCAAAACCACCAUCAACAGAACAACGAUCAUCUUCUCCAGUCAAACAAAAACAUUCUCAACAUCGUACUACUGCAAGUAAAAAACGUCGUAAUUAUAUUAGAUGUCAACAUCGUCGUCCUCAUCGAUUCGACCAUACUAUUGUCCGUUAUUUAAAUACCAAUUUACGUCAUCAAGACGUUAAACGAAGAUUACGUCAUUUACAAGUUCCAUAUGUACAUCUUCGUCUCGACAAACAUCGCAAUCGUGUUGUUAUUGGAUUAAAAACAGAUGCAUUAGUUGCCCAGUUUAAUGAAACAAUUAGACAUGAUGCAUUUCAUUAG